CCCGUAACUUACCAACCCACUACCAAGGCCGAAAGCAUAUCCUCACCUGUAGUGACCGUAACCACAAUAUAGUUAUAAGUAGGCACCACUCGUGACUGCUUUGCUCUCACGUCACUCUUUCUUUCCCUUUUCGCGUUCCCUCACCGACUCUCUGUUCGUUGUUCUGAUCUCCAUUUCCGGCGAUGGCGAAGCAGCAGGUCCCGGGUUUCGCCGCAUGGGCCGUGGCGGCGGCGGCGGUGGUAGUCUUCCUCCCGGCGGCGGUGAGCGGUGCGCGCGACGUGAAGGCGGCGGCGGCUAACACGGGGUUCGUCGUCGAGGGCCGCAUUUUCUGCGACACUUGCCAGGCCGGCUUCGAGACCCCCAAGACCACCUACAUCGCCGGUGCAAAGGUGAGAGUAGAAUGCCAAUCAAGGACGACGGGUGCAAAGACAUGCAGCUUUGAUGGUGUGACCGACCGCUCCGGCACCUAUAAUAUCCUUGUUGCAGAUGAGCAUGAACAUGAGACCUGUGAGUCUGUGCUUGUUAGCAGUCCGGUGAAGGGUUGUGAUAAGAUCCUUAAAGGCCGGGAGAGGUCUCCUGUGUUCCUCACCCACAACAAUGGCAUUGCAUCGGACAAAAGAUUUGCAAACUCCCUAGGCUUCCAAAACGACAUCCCCUUGGAAGGCUGUGCUCAGCUGAUGGAGAUGUAUCGGCAAUACGAAAAUGAAGUUUAAUGAAAAAAGAAGAAGAAAGAAAGAAAAUGGGGUCUCCAUUAUAUGUAGUAGGCUAUAUGUCCAGUGCUCUCUUUGCUGCUGUUAUUGCUCUGGUACUUUAUUUGUUUCCUUUGUUUGACAAUUGGUUAAUCUUCUAUCCAGCCCACUCUUUUGUAUUUGUUAUUGCAUUUACUGUUGUCUGACUACUUUCAUUGAGCAUUGGAGUGAUGGGCUUUAGUUUCA